AAAUCCUUCACUAUGGCUAGCGACGCGCCCGAAAAGACAGAGCAGUCUCCCGCUGCACAGAAUGGCCCUGCUGAUGCGGCGCCGCCCGCUCCUACGAUCCCAGAGUCACGACUCCCGUCGCGCAAGGAUACCUCGCUGCGAGAGUUCCUGAAUAAGAUGGAUGACUAUGCUCCCAUUAUCCCCGAUGCAGUCACCCACUACUACAUGACCAAGGCUGGUCUUCCUCCCCCUCCGCAAACCGAUCCCCGCCUGGCGCGACUGCUCGCCCUCGCCACCCAGAAGUUCAUCGCCGACAUCGCUGCCGACGCAUACCAAUACAGCCGAAUCCGCGCAUCGUCCAACACGAACAAUCCUAUGGGGUCACUCGGUGCCGCUGCCGGAUUCCCCAUCCCCGGCCAGCCGACCGGUCAGCCUGGAGCCAAGGACCAGAACAAGGGCGCGCCGCUUGGCAUCCAGCGACCAGGCUACGGCGGUGGUGGUCAAGGUGGCAGCCAGAACAGGACGGUCCUCACGAUGGAGGAUUUGGGCAUGGCGGUCGGAGAGUACGGCGUGAAUGUCAAGCGAAGCGAAUUCUACCGCUAAGUGCUGUUGGUCUUGAUUACAACUGAACGAGUGCAUACGGUAAAGGUGUUUUGGGUUCAGGCGUUUACGGAGGUUCAGGGUCUGUCAAAGAUAUCAGGCCAGUAUAACAUUUUGACUGGCCGCAAUAGAUUGCUUUCAUGCGCGAAUGGACAUGUUCGUUG